AUGUUGCUCGCUCGGUUCUUGUUCCUCAUUGCUCUUUCUUCUGCGGCUCCUAUCAAGCGCAAUCCGUAUAAUUUUCUACAGCCUGUAAACCAAGGCGACACUGUCUUCGAGCUUGGCAACAACACCUACCUCGCCAAUGCCAGAUACCCCAAGGCAACCUUCUCUUGCGACCUCACCUCUUCGGUCACUGCUGGCUCGUCACGCUCCACACUGCCGAUAACGGUGAUAAACACCAAUGCUUCCACCGUCACCCGGGGCGUAUUGACCACGACAAUACAAAGCUACCUAGAUGGAGACGACGUCUUCACUACAGACUUUCUUGAAGCCAUCUAUAUUUCGUCAUCUUCAUCGGGUGCAACACUUGACUCGUCAGCUAUCUCCUAUCUUCGAUCGUUAGAAAUCUCACAUGUCUUCAUGGAUGCCAGCAUCUCCGUGGCUUCCGGUAACACAUUAUCGACCACCACCGUUGCAAGUCCGGGGAUCGAGAAUCUCCCAUCAGGGCCGUAUUUGGCAUUAAUCAAUGCCGGCACAGUUUCGCUUGCAUCGGUCUUUCUACUGUAUCCAGAUACUUACAGGGAUUUCCUAUUCGGGGCUUAUGAUUCAAAUGAUGGUAAUGCUACGCACAGCUCAGUGGGUGUGUUUCUACCCAAGGUGUGGGAUCCGUACGUCCCCGUCCCUUCACGUAUCUAUAGCUGGAACGAUCCGAGGCCCAUGGCGGGAUAUCGCGUUGCAAUCAAGGAUCUAUUCGACAUCAAAGGUCUCCAAACAUCCGGCGGGAGUCAAGCUUGGGCACACAUUACGCCAACUGCUAACGAAACCGCACCAUCAAUCCAACGUAUCCUUGACCUUGGUGGUGUAUUGGUGGGCAAGUAUAAGCUAGCGCAAUUCGCCUCUGGUGCCAAUCCUUGGGAGUGGCAAGACGAGCACUAUCCGUUCAAUCCUCGUGGUGAUGGCUGGCUCACCUGUUCCGCAUCCUCGUCUGGUGGGGGCUGCAGUGUUGCCGCCUAUGACUGGUUGGAUUUUGCGAUAGGCUCAGACACUGGUUCUUCUAUGCGACGUCCGGCUGCAGUAAGUGGCACCUUCGGUCAACGUCCCUCGCAAGGCCUUAUGAGUUUGGAGAGGGUGCUCCCCCUAGGUGGCGCAACCGACACGGCUGGUGUCUUUUCGAGGGAUCCAUAUAAAUGGAUUGCAUUCUCGAAAGCCUGGUACCAGCCAACAUUAUAUCAGCCACCAAACAUUACAGGUCUUUCACCGCUUGAGGUGCCUGAUACGCUCGCAUUUCCUAAAAAUAUCAUCUAUCCGACAGACUAUUUGCCUCUGAAUAAUUCCGCCGCCGAAGUCGUUCUUCAGAAUUUCAUCACGAACCUGACUACCAUCUUCAAUAUGACCGUUAAGAAAAUCAACUUCACAGAAACCGUCCAGUCCAUACAGCCACCGGACAAUGUAUCCUUCAUCAACAAUCUUACUUACCUUUCUUCGGUCCCUCUCGGUGUCAUCAAUGCUUGGACCGCCUGGGAUAUCAUUGGAUCUGUCCUUACCAGUACCUGGUCAGCUCUAUUCGAUGGCAGAUUUCCACCUAUCGACCCCGCUCGGCGCCCAGGUUGGAAAUCCUUCAAUACCACUAGAUAUAAUCCUUCGACCUACGCAAAUGCGCUAGUCGAGAAAAAUGCCGCAGUCGAAUGGUGGGAAAGCUCCUUCCAACCCACGACGUCCGACUCGUGUUCUGAAAACGUGUUCCUCUACGACAUCGGCACGGGUGGUUUCCCUUCCUAUCGUGAAUUGGCUCUCAACGGCUAUCCCAACACCUCCUUUCUGGCAGUGAAGCCCCCGGGUGCAGAGAUAACAGGGGCCAAUAUCUGUCCCAUCUACGGCUGUGCAGACUUCACGAUUCCCAUUGGUCAAGUGCCAUAUUAUAGCAAUGUGACCUUUCAUGAGGAAAUGGUACCUGUCACAAUUAACAUGGUGGUGAAGAGAGGUUGCGAUUUCAUGUUGCUCAAUAUGAUUGAGAAAUUGGCCGACCGGGGUGUCCUUAGUGCUGUCAAGACAGGUAGAACAGCAUUCUGA